UCCACAGUGUCAAGAUCGACGAACACUGCCGUUGAAUAGCGUGCAUAUUAAGCCGCAAGUGUUCGUCGAAUGCUCGUCAGGUUUGGUUGAGAAUAUUCCCAAGCCCGUUAACAACGAGUGAUAGAUCGUAGGUGGUGUUUCGCGCUAGAAUAAACGAAUUAUUUCUCGAAAUGUCGGAUAAGAAAGCGAAAAGCCGAGACGGAAACGCCGGCAGGCCACCGGUCAAGGACUCCGUCCUGGAACUGAGAACGAGGAUGGCGCGAAUGAUGUCUAUCGUCGAGAUUACCUCGCGGGGGACACUUCCGAUGGCGGGCUCGAAAGCUGGCGAGGAUCCAAAGAAGGAUGCCGCGGAUCAGAACUUCGACUACAUGUUCAAGUUGCUGAUUAUCGGCAACUCGUCCGUUGGAAAAACGUCCUUCCUCUUCCGCUACGCGGACGAUUCGUUUAGCUCGGCCUUCGUAUCGACCGUGGGAAUCGACUUUAAAGUGAAAACGGUCUUCAGAAACGACAAAAGGGUGAAGCUACAGAUCUGGGACACGGCGGGCCAGGAAAGAUAUAGAACAAUAACGACAGCCUACUACAGGGGCGCGAUGGGCUUCAUUUUAAUGUACGACAUCACAAACGAGGAGUCGUUCAAUUCAGUACAAGACUGGAUAGCACAGAUUACGACUUAUUCGUCCGAGAACGCUCAAGUAAUCUUGGUUGGCAACAAGUGCGACAUGGAGGACGAAAGGGUGAUCAGCGCCGAGAGAGGCAAGCAACUGGCGGAUCAAUUGGGUGUGCAGUUCUUCGAGUCGUCUGCCAAAGAAAACUUUAACAUUAAGACGGUGUUCGAGACACUCGUGGACAUUGUAUGCGACAAGAUGAGCGAGUCCCUGGAUAACAAUCAAACCCUGAACGCCGGUGGGGAUCAAGCGAAGGGUCAGCGACUCACCGAUCAGCCGACCAGCGCAGCGACUACAAACUGCAAUUGCUAAGAACGUGGAAGCCCACCUACGCUCUGUAUCAGGAGGACAAGGAAGAAGAAAGGAUACCGAAGAAGAAGAAAUAUUAGAAAAGAAAUGCGUGUAUGCCUGUACAUGUGUGCGUGAACGCAUGUCUACCUGGAUUGUGUAUGUGUGUACGUGUGUAUGUGUGCAUGCGUACGUGCGUGCGUGCGUGCGUGCGUGGCCUGCGCGCGCGUGCGUGUAUGUGUGCGCUCGUGUGUACCUGUGUGUGUCGGAAAGAGAGGGCGAAGGAGAGGAGAAGACAGAAGAAGGAAGGUCGAAUGAUAAAGCUGGCUCUAGUUCAACCCCUGUUCGUCAUUCCUUUACCCUUGUUCCUGACCGUUCUUCUUUCCGCUCUUUUUCUUUCCUCCUUUCUCGAUCGAUAUAUUUAUAUAUGUGCACAUAAAUACGUAUAUAUACAUAGGGUGAGCCGUGAAAUUCAAUCAAGCUAAUUGUUCUCGCCUUAACUAACCGACCCUGCGUUAUUUGGCGUCUACGGACCAGUCGAGUCCGGAAACUGGCUCGAGCGCGUUCUCACGGUGUUAGAUGACGGUAGAGGAUGAUACGUUCAAGCCACACAGGAUAUCGUGGAUAAUUUCGUUUUCAGCCUUUUGGAAAACGAGCUACGAGCCGCAAGUUCCCCGCGUCCAAGUGCUCGUGGAAACGAACGAUAAGCAUGGCGAUAUUUAAAGCGGAUCGUUUAUAUCCAGUCUCACCAUUUUUAAGUUGUAGAGGUUCGGGCUCGUUAGAAGAAGAGCUCGAGGGUUCUUCGGACACUAAUUGCUCGCACCAGGGCAAUCCCUCUUUGUUACGAUUUUUUGAUCAAAAUAUAACACACAAUCUGCAUGAAUGAUUCGACUACGAAUUAACUUUUAAGUGCUUUCGAUGAUUCUCUAGUACUCGUUACCUGUGAAUAAUUUAUUGUUAAACGGUAUACUUAGAUAAUUUCACCGUUCUUUGUAAUAUAUCUAGCUCAUUCAUCGUUCAAGUCAUAUCAUGAUGUUAGAGUGUUGAGUUACGAGUGAGUUUUCGUUGGGAAUGCUGAAAAUCGGUUCACUCUCCGCCUAAACUUAGAAUACUAACGAUGUGUUCUACGAUCGGAUUCCAUCGUUCCCUGUACGAAAUCAUCCAAUAGUCGAUCCAUCGACGGCGAGAACAAUCAGGAUGGCUACAAUUGGGCCACUCACCCUGUAUACAUGUAUAAAUAUGUAUGACGGUUGUAGCCUGAUUACGCGGAGGUGAGCCACCGAGCCGAUCCGAGACCGAUUGCGAGCAGACGUUGUUCUUCUUUUCGGGUUCGACGGAAAUAUUCGAGAAACGGAAGAAAUCGACAAAGGCUUGAACGGUAAUAGUCUCGCGACGGAUGUAAUCGUCGCGACAAAAGAAAUAGAAAUUGAAACGCGCAUCUCCGUGACGAGAGUUUCAAUAUGGCGCCAUUAUUCUGGACCGAAAUCAGGGGAUGCGUUCCCGCUAUGGCGGCGCCGAAUCUCGCCUUUCGCCACUAUUAGAGUAUAGUUUCCUCGACGGUUCUAUUCAACCUCUCGAAUCCAUUUGUUAAAUGUGUCGACAAACCCAAAGACAGAUAAUAGUGAAAAAAAAGAUAAUCAAUCGAGGAAAACGAUUUUUCAUAAACGGAACGAAGAGAGAGCCUAUAUGUUUAGUAACUGUGAGACUGAGAAUAAGAUACUUGGACGUUUCGCCAGCAUUGAUGUCAGGUUCUUCGGGGCUCAAAUGACACAUUGAUAUAAUUGAUUAGCCCCGAAAAUAAUAUAUUUAUGAAUAUAUUUGAUGGUUAUUUUUCAGUAUCUUCGUUUCUUAAUGUUACGAUGAAAUAUCAUUAUAUGUAUUCAUAAAUACGUAUAUUAUAUUUCAAUGUUGAGAAGACAUCCGAGUAUCUUAUCCAAAAGGGCACGGCUUGCACCCGGAAGCCUUAGCUAGCAUCGACCACGAAGAACCGGAGCGGUGAAAGCCUGAAAUAUUUUAUCGUUAAGUAGUUAAGCGAGCGACGAUUUAUUUGUUACCGCGCCAAACGAAACGAGAAUCGAUAGUUUUCCCUGAGAAUUUGUUUCCAGUGGCGAAAGGAUCAAAGGAUAGCAACGAUGUUCCUGGAGGAUUGUUCGAACAAACGGCUGUGUUCUUUCGAAAUAAUUCCAAGGACGAACUGAUCGCAGCAUCGUUUUCUCGAGGUUCGUUUUCCCUUUCGUCUGUUCCCGGAUUUUUCUUUCUCUGUAAUCGGUCUCAGAAGAACACAGCCACCUCGAUAACGAUCGUCGUUGACGAUCUCAAGCGCACCUCGACCCAUAGCGGUGAAUUAUUGAUUAUUCGACGAUCCACGGUAAGGGAAAUCAGUUUAGAACGAUUUGGUCGAGGACCGUGUCGAGCCGCGUGCACGCUUGGAAAAAUUUAACGAUGCAAAUCGAAGCACGCGAUGCCACGAAUCAAAUGAAAUUUCACGAGUUCACGUUUUUCUCAAGUGUGGACGCUGCAUUAGUGGGCCGUGGACCUGUUCAAGCGUGCAAUUCAUGUGACAAAUAAAUGUUAUGCGUUCAAUUGCAAUUCUGGUAACAAAGAAAGAAAUAUAUAUCUGUGUUGUAUUUAAUGAAAUUUCGUAUAGGUUGGAAACGCUUAUAAUUUACUUAAUUUUUUUUAUUUUAACCUGAUCACGAGUCGUAGUCUGACGGAGACGGGCUGAAUUCUUGUUUAGCCAUCUCGAAUAACAAACGUGGGAUUAGCAACUUUUUAUUUGUUGCAGAUCGGAUAAAACAUGGAAUUUAAACUGUUCGAUGACAUUGAAUUUCACUUUGAACGAACGAAAACAAAUAUAAGUGAUUAUUCAGUUGAAUAAACAUGAGUAAAUUUACUAUAGCUAUAGAAUAAAAUUUUGCCCGUCUCUGAAAUUCGAUCGAGACUUCGGGGACAAGGAAGAUUCAUUUCAGGUAUUUUAGGACAGUCUUCCGAAGUCGUUUCAGAAUUUCAAGCCGAUUGUACAAAUUCUAGAAACUGUUCAAAACUUUCAAGCUGCGAAAUGUUGAAGGAACUUAGUCUAACCCUUUUUACGAGCCGUACAAACUCUCCAUCAUCGACGAAUCUUUGCGUCAGUGACUUCGACACCACUGGAGGGAAGAAUGUCGGUCGCUUGGAUCGGUUCGAACGCUGUGAAAGUUGACGUUUUCAACUGGAGACCACCCUCUUGUUAGGGGGUGAGUUCACCGUUUUCAUCGGCCUCGACGAAAGUGGAGAAGUUUUCGUUAGACCUUCGGUAAAUCUAAUUUCAUUUCUAAGACGUAUUCUCGUUCGAACCUGGAAUCUCGACGACGCACAAUGGUCUGAGUCUUAAAAGCUGGCUAAAACUUCAAGUAAAACUUAGUGAAAUUUGAGUGAAAAAGUAAUUUAGAUAUAAUGGAAAGGUAAUGGAAAAUAUUUUCUUUACGUUUACUAAAUUUUAGACACAAAUAAGUGGGGAGAAAUAAUGCAGAAUAUAUCAGUAGAAGGAUUAAGAAGAAAAUUACUUAAAGAGCUUAUCGAGUUAGAGAAAUCACUGGGAAAAUAUUGAGAAUAUCACGAGAAAGAACGGUUGUGGCUUGAAGAAAAAAUUUGGUGAUACACCAAAUAAAUACGAGCAGUUAAUUUAACGAUAAAUUAUUUAGAAAAUUUGGUCGAUACAUUUAAAAAAGAAAUGAUAACGAACUUUAACGGUAAAUGUAACGAAUAUAUGCAUAAUUGAAAAUGUUGGUGAAGUGCUCGGAAAGUGUAUCGAAAUAAAAAUUAUGUUAGGUGUGAUACUUUGGAAAAAUUUCUGGAGAAUGUACUGAAGUUAGUUAAAAUUUAUGUGAAAAAUCCUGUUUAAUUGAUCCGUUAUCAUCAAGAUUAUCGUCUACAAUUUUUAUUUCGAUUAAAAAUACAUUGUUUUCUAACUUCAAUGCUCGCACGACAAUACUUAAACUGUGGCUGAUCAAUCGUUGUUAAAAAAAUACGGAAUUUCAGUAAGUGGAACAAGAGAGCCAUUUUAGAUUGGUGAAAUUCAGCGGAAAAGUGCUGAGAAUUGUUCCUGUUUCGCUUUCGAACGUUUUAUUGACUGCAGAACAUUUCAGGCCAGUCCUUGAAGAGAAACAUUGCAGAGAAAUUAACUUGUAAUUAUUAUUGCACAUCUUACAAUCGUUUACUAUGAUACUGUCAUUCGUUGACUAUACUUCUUUACAAAAAAUUCGCAAUUAUCACGACGAUAACUUUUGUAAAAUUAAUUCGACCCUGAAGUAGAUAUUCGAUUCUUCUUACUCUAAAUAUUGAUUACAUUUCAUUUAUUUUUUAUAAUGUAUUGCAAUCGCAAAGUGGUAAAAAGAAAUAUUUUCAACUCAACUAUUAGUAGCAACGACACAUUUGGUGUUUUUCAGUCACGGUGAUGUCUAAUUAAUUAACAAAGUGUCUGUAUACGCGAGGAUGCAUACCGUGUAACUCAAUUUUCAAAUAAUGAAUACCAAAGAAAUUGAUACUGAACGAGAGAGAGAGAGAGAGAGAGAGAGAGAAAUUUCCUAGAAAUAAUUUUCUUUAUGGUGUACUACUUUUCUCGAACGAUAGAUGGAAACUGAAAUAAUGUAAAGAGACGUUCGGUAUCAAAAGAGCAUCGAUCUUUGGCGUCAAUUAUCACGAAAAGCAUAGUGUCUAUCCGAUUGCUUCAGUCGUCGCUUGGCGUUAUGAAUCUACUAGGUAACCUGCCCCUCUGUACAUACAGUAAUAUAUAUAUAUAUAUAUAUAUACAUAUAUAUAUUGAAACUUAUAUAUAUAUAUAUAUAUAUACUGAAUCUGUAAUGAAGUGCACUGUAAGCGUUACUUAUUCGUGUGAACACGGGCACGACUCCGAAGAAGAUAUACGAUGUCGUUGUGUAAUCGAAACAAACAAAAAAUACCAAAAAAAAAAAAAAAGUAAUCAUGUCUAUCGAAGGAAAUUGUACGAUUGUAUCGAUCUAAUCGGUGAUAAAUAAAAUAUGUGCUGUUGACACGGAAGUGUAACUGUGAACAGAA